AUGUUUGUGGAAAAUCGUGAAUCAUUCUCUUUUUUCUUCAACGAUCACAAGUGGUCACAAGUGAUCAAUUCACUAGAAUAUGAAAAGAUUCGAUCAAAUCAUCUACCUCCUCAAUUUUCUGUUAUUAUUUGUAAUGUACCAACUGGAAAAGAUAUUAAUCUUCUAUUAGAUGAUAUUAUAAAUGAUUAUGCAAAUAUGAUCAAUGCAUUUCGAUUAUCUAUCAAAAAUCAACUUCCAACAACAAUUGUUCGUCUUAAUUUAACCUGUAUUAAAACCAUUGAUGAAUUAUUAAGUAAGAAAUUUAUCUAUAUUGAUAAUGCACGACUGCCUGUAACUGAAUAUUUGGCUUCGACCGAAGUAUUAAUCUGUUCGAAGUGUUUUCAGAUUGGACAUUUUCGAAGCACGUGCAAAAGUUUACUUGAAUAUUGUAAAGUAUGUGGAAUCGGUACUGACGAUGUUAAACAACAUAAAGAUGUUUGUAAUAUUCAGUUAAACAUUAUUAAAAUAAUUCAACAAAUUAUUGGUUCAACGAUCACGAUUUUUCUCAUAUUAAAUGGUAAUCGUGGUGAUUAUCUUCGAAGUCAUGAAUCAGCUAUAAGUACUGACGUCAAUGCGGCCAAUAGCCAAUGGCGUGAAAAACACAAAGAACUGGAACAGCUAAAAGAAAAAGAAAAAGAAGAAGAAGACGAAAAAGAGGAAGACGAAGAUGAUGAGGAGGAAGAGGAGGAGGAGAAAGAAGAAGAUGAUGAUGAGGAAGAAGAAGAAGAUGAUGAUGAGGAAGGAGAAGAUGAUGAUGAUGAUGAGGAAGAAGAAGAAGAAGAAGAGAGAGAAGAAGAAGAAAAAGAGAAAGAAGAAGAGGAAGACGAAGAUGAAGAAGAAGAAGAAGAAGAAGAAGAGGAAGACGAAGAUGAAGAAGAAGACGAAGAAGAAGAAGAAGAAGAAGAAGAGGAAAAAGAAGAAGGAGAAGAAGAAGAAGACGAAGAAGAAGAAGAAAAGGAAGAAGAGCAACAACAAAAAAGGAAAAGAAGAUCAACAACAAAAAAUCCAAAAAGAAGAAGAGACUGA